AUGAUGAAUAACAAUAGAAGCUUUUUGAUAUUUCUAUUCUGCUGCUUGACUCUCGAUAUUGUUCAUCUUUUGCCAACAUUUGACACCAACCAAGUUCAACACAAUCAAAGCAAUGCUGACCCGAUCCUCAUCGAAGUAUCGUGGACUACACAUGACUAUGAUCUUCAUACUGUUCCCGCUCUACAAGUUGUAGCCAAUCCACUAUUAGCUCGACAAUUUUCACCCAUUUACAAAGAAAUUUUCGCAAAUUUGAAGCAACUCAAUGCUGAAUAUACUCGAUAUGCUGCUUGGUUUCCUUAUCCUAAAUUAGCCGUUGCUGAACUCGAUCCUCCAUCAGGUAUAUUUCAAUGUGGUAAUGUUGGUGAGAACUUUUCUAUUAAUUUAUCUUGUGAACAAAACGGUGGCGUAAUAAGUCAAGUUGAUUUUGCAUCGUACGGAACAUCAACAGGUACAUGUGGUCAACUGCAGCAAGGAGCGUGUCAUGCUGCAAAUAGUUCAGAAAUUAUUCAAAGAGUUUGUAUCGGACAAAAAACAUGCAGUGUUCCAGCAACAAGUGAUAUAUUUGGUGACCCAUGUCAAGGAAUCCCAAAGCGAUUACUGAUUCAAAUUCAAUGUAAUCCACCACAGAAUAAUACCUACUAUAACUUUAAUUAUCUUGAUACAAUGCUACAGGAUUUCCUUGAUGCUACUGAUGGUCACUCACGUAUUAUCUCAUUUUCAACUCAACCGAAUUGGCUUUUUAAGCUAGAUACACCUCACAUUUAUCCUGAUAAUGCUUCAUUAACUGAUUGGCGAUAUCCAGUCGGUACAGAACUAGUCGACGAUACAAUGCAUGCAUUAGGUGACUAUUAUGGACGUCUAGUUGCUUGGUAUACUCGGGGUGGUUUCAUAGAUGAAUACGGUCGAAAACACACAUCAAACUACGAUUACAAUUGGGAUUAUACGGAAAUAUUCAAUGAAGUUGAAUCGGAGCAUAGUAUGAAUGUUGAAUUCUAUACUCGAGCAUAUGAUGCAGUGAUACAAGGUAUUCGAAGACAUACAAAUAAUUAUGAUAUGAAAUAUGUUGGAAUGGCAUUGGGAGGACACAAUGAGUUUGGUUGGUACAGAUAUUUUUUAAAUCAUUCAAAUCAUGCACCUGAUAUUCCACUUGAUAUGAUUUCUUAUCAUUUCUAUGCAUUAGCUAAUUCUCGAACAGAUCCAAAUGAUUGGGAGUCAUUUUUUAGUCAACUUGAUGGCUUCACAUUUGAAGUAGAACAAAUCGAAGAAAUUCGAAAGAUUCUUUCACCAGAAACAAGAACAACAAUUGACGAAUUAGGUGUUAUACUUCCUGAUGACAAUACACCGGGUGCACCUCAAUUUCCUAUGGUAUACUGGAAUGCUGCAGCUGCACUCUACGCAUAUGCAUGGGCAAGAAUAUCUCGACAAGGUAUCGAUGUUGUUGGUCAUAGUCAACUUCUGGGUUAUCCAGAGUUGCCUGAUCUUCAACUUCAACCACAAUAUCCAAGCGUUUCUUUACUCAAUUGGACAACCGGUGAAGGUACAGCUAAAUAUUGGACAACUAAACUGCUCAUCGAGACAGUUGAUAUUGACAAUGAUCAAGCAGUAGUGACAGAAACAACUGACCUUCAAGGACAAAAUAUCUUUAGUCAAGCAUUUAUUGGUAAGAAUGGUCGUCGAUGGGUAUUGAUUAUUAAUAAACGAUAUGCUAAUAUUGAUGUAUUCUUACCUGGUUGUACUGGUGGUCGAAUGCAAAUAAUAAAUGAAGCAUCAGGCUUUGGUCCACCUACUGAAGUCACAUUAGAAUUGAGUAAAAUAACAUUAAGUCCAUUUGCUGUUGCUGUUGUUCAUAUGCCUCCUGUAGAUAUAGAAUAA